UGAUGCUCGGCCCUUGAUACUGCGAGACAGAUUGGAAGUAGAGACAUCGCGACCUGCAGGAUCACUGGCAACAUCGCACCUAACCUCGCAGAAUCCAUACAUCACCACAGCCAUGGACAGCAGUCAGAUCCUAUCCAUCCUCAUGCUGGUUUUCGCAAUGGUGCUCACAGGGAUGGCUCUGGGAGCCAAAGAGGAACAAGAUUCUGAGGCAGCGGUAGCAGCUCCAAGUGAACAUCAUAAACGAUCGGUGGACUUCCCAUUGUCACAGGACCUCCUUGACGACGAUGCAUACGACAUGGACAAACGAGGCAGUCUCUUCCGGUUUGGUAAGCGCGGCGGUCUCUUCCGGUUCGGCAAGCGCGGUACCCUUUUCCGGUUUGGAAAGCGAGGCAGCACUCUAUUCAGAUUUGGGCGCGGCGGAAAUGAUGAUCUGUGGGUGCCUGUCAACGAGGACGGACAAGAUGCUAAAAGAAACUUCCACUGGGGCAGGGAGACAGAAGAGUGAUUCAACUUUGAUGUGCUGGUUGGCCAAUAUGGACUGUAUUAUAGAAUUUAUAACUGCUGCUGGAAGCUAGUUACUUAAAAGCAUUCUACUGAAGCAAUGAUGUCGAGGACUUGGAUGAAAAUAACAUUCUCAAGAAGAACAAACCACACAUUUCUAUAGGUGCCCUGAUACUACAAAAUGAACAUAUACAAACGUUUCUGUUUUCCAAUACUUGAUCUUAGUUGGAUUGAGACUACUAAUAACACAUGUCUGGUCAUCGGUGUGCCGUUGACCAGAAAUGGACCCUACGGUACGGCUUAAGUUGUGAUCCUUUUGGUAUUGUACUGCAGUAACAUGUCAGCAAUAUUUCAUGAGUAAUAACAAGCCGGGAAGAAUGGAAAUGAAUCAAGUUUCAUUUCUGUGCUAUUGCCCUACUAUGUAUACUUCAAAGCAAUUUUCUCCCCUAGACUCUGUAAUAUAUGAUGAUUGUGACUGCCAGGAAUAAAGCGGUGUUACUUUU